AUGGGAGAAUGGAACUUUCUGAGCGACUGGCUGGAUUCCAUCAAAAACCAUGCACCCAUGCUGGGUCGCAUCUGGCUCCUCCUCAUGAUGAUCUUCCGUAUUCUCGUCCUGGCCACGGUGGGGAGUGACAUUUUUGAAGAUGAGCAGGAAGAGUUUGCCUGUAACACACUACAGCCGGGUUGCAAGCAGGUCUGCUACAGCAAGGCGUUUCCCAUCUCACCCUUCAGGUUCUGGGUCUUCCACAUUGUGUUUCUGUCUGUGCCGUCCUUGUUGUUUGUGGUCUACGCGGUCCACCUGUCCUCAAAGGAUGAAGAGAAGCAAGAGAAAAUUGGCCUCAUCCAAGGACAGGAAGUAAAUGGGGUGCCAAGAAUACAGCAGUGCUACAUCGUUCACGUCAUACUGCGACUGUUGGCUGAAGUUGCCCUGGUUGUUUCUCAGUAUUUAAUAUUUGGCCUCUCAAUUGAGCCCCAGUUUCUGUGCACUGGUUUUCCUUGCCCACACACUGUGGAUUGUUUUGUGUCCCGCCCAAUGGAGAAGACUGUGUUUUUAGUGUUUUAUUUUGCAGUUAGCAUCCUCUCUGCAAUUAUCAGCCUUGUUGAGCUGGUACACAUACUUAAAAAGAUAUUCUACCGGCAGCAACUAAAAACCUUUGAGCAGCAGAACCGGUCAAACAGUGAUUACGAGAAGGGUAGGGACCCCCACUCAGUCCAGUUGUUGGACAAGAUGGUUAUGGUGAAUCUCAGCUCCAACCAUUCUGACAUAGAUUCUACUCGCAAGACCAAGUCACUGGGUAGCAGUAACAGUGGAAGAUCUUCGCAAUCAAGUGCAAAGAAACCUCCCCUCAAUAUCUAA